CAACCAUCAUACAUGGAAAUAGCCGCCAGCUCCGUCCAAGCGCAUCAACGCAUUCGCAACCAUAUCCAUGAGAGCCCGCUCAUCCCUGCCCGAUCGACCGACAAGCUCACCGACGCGACCGUCCCCUUCAAGGCCGAGAACUUCCAGAUCACGGGGUCUUUCAAACUUCGUGGCGCUGUGUCCAAGAUGUCCGCCACUGCGACCUCAUGUGCAGAAAGGGUGGGGGCGCGAUUGAUUACCGCCUCGUCGGGCAACCAUGGUAUUGGUGCAGCUUUCGCAGCUCGAUGUCUGGAAAAGGAUUUGACCGUCGUGCUUCCGGAAUCCGUGGUACCGUCUGAAUUGGAGAAAAUCAAGGCAUUAGGCGUAGAGAUCAUUCUGCAUGGAGCUGAGACUGGAUUGGCCGAGCAGUAUGCACGGCAGUUGGCAGCAACAGGGCAAUAUACCUAUAUCUCGCCCUACAACGACGCUGAUGUGAUAGCCGGACAAGGAACCAUCGGACUGGAGAUACUCGAGCAGUGCGAGAGUGUGGACAAUGUGUUUAUCUCCAUGGGCGGAGGUGGACGGACCAGUGGUAUCGGGUCCGUCCUGAAGGCCUUCAGCCCAGAGACAAAGGUUUGGGGUGUAGCUGCAGCACACUCGAUGGCUCUAGCUGCAUUGAUGGAUGCUAGGCGGGUUGUCGAAACUGAACAUCUCGCUACGCUAGCUGAUGCUGUAGCUGCAGGAACUGAGAUGGAUACGAUCACGCUGUCGUUGGCCAUGUCUACCAUCGAUGAGGCUGCGGAUUGUGACGAAGAUUCCAUUGUCGACGCUUUGAGAACCCUCGCGCUUGUUGGAAACAUGAUCGUUGAGGGUGCGGCAGCGCUCGCGCUCGCUGACUACAACAAGGUCGCGGACCGAGUGUCAGGUCAAACCAGUGUCAUCCUACUCUGUGGUGCUAAUCAAAACCAAGAUCUGAUCCUUGGAGCAAUCUGCAGCAAGAAUUGA